AAUUUGGAACCGAUAGAGUAGUAGUUCAUUCUGUGCGUGAGAAAAAUGUUCAUUCUGUGCGUGGUUUACAAUUUACGCGCCAGACCGAACGAGAGAGGGCUAAAGUUUGAAAGUGAGCCGGCAUAACUUCAGAUCGUAGAUUCAGGCUUGGAUUUAAAAUUUAUAUGUUAAAUUAUAGUGGUUUAAAAUUUCAUAUUUCAUUUAAAAUUAAAAUAAAACAAAUCAUCGAAAUAUUAUCAAUGAAAUCGUACAUUCAUGAAUUUGUUGACUAGAAAUACCCAACGUCAUGAAUCUUGGAUUCAGAGCUUAUAUUUUGAAUGUUUUCCAAAACGUAAUAUUUCAAAUUAAGUUUGGACAUACUACUAGUAUUUGUUUUGUGGAGAAGGAGAAAUGUUGAUUUCUUGAGAGUUGAGACGAGGAAGAAGAGCAAGCGGAUAAACCACCUGUGCUAAAACCCUCAUCGCCGCGCCGCCGCCUCCGCCUCUGCUCCGCCGCUCCCAACCCUGCGCGGCGGGCGGCGGUGAGCCGGUCUGCUCUUCCCUCUACCGGCCGCCCACGCUGCUCCUCACGGCGCUCUCGAUUCCUGGUUCCUCUCCCCGUGGGCCUCCAUGUCUUUGACCACCGUUUCUUUCUCAUACCCCGCCAAGCCGCUUCCCAAAUGGCCGUGCACGCUGCCUAAGCCGCCGCCGAGGGCUCGCUGCCGUUUUGUGGUGCGGGCGGACGUCAAGGUGAUCUCUUCCGGUGAGGCCUGCCGCCGUGGGCUCGCCGCCGGCAUCGACAAGCUCGCCGACGCCGUCGCGGUCACUCUAGGCCCCAAAGGCAGGAAUGUUGUUAUUGACCAAGACGAUGUUCCUAAAGUAAUCAAUGAUGGUAUCACAAUUGCCAAGGCUAUAGAGCUCCCAAAUGCUGUUGAGCACGCAGGUGCCAUGUUACUUCAAGAGAUAGCAUCCAAGACGAAUAGUUCUGUUGGCGAUGGAACAACAACUGCUAUUAUUUUGGCAAGAGAAAUUAUCAAUCUUGGGUUGUUGGCAGUAGCCACUGGUGCUAACCCAGUUGCCCUGAGAAAGGGUAUUGACAAAGCUGUUCAUGAACUUAUUGGGAUCUUGAAGACUAAAUGUAUCCCUGUAAGUACAAAGGAGGACAUAAAAGCUGUUGCUUCAAUAUCAGCUGGCAAUGAUGAAUAUGUUGGCGAUCUCAUUGCUGAUGCAUUGGAGAAGAUAGGUCCUGAUGGAAUAAUUAAAAUUGAGUCCUCAUCUUCAAUAUAUACUUCAGUUGAGGUGCAAGAAGGAAUGAAGAUAGACAAAGGUUAUAUCUCUCCACAUUUCAUCACAAAUCAAGACAAAGCAAUUGUUGAAUUUGAAAAUGCUAGGGUACUUUUAACUGAUCAGCGGGUGGAUGAUGUCCAAGAGAUACUUCCUUUGCUAGAGAAGACCACACAGUUGAGUGUCCCUUUGUUGAUUAUUGCGGAGGAUGUUUCACAUACGGUGUAUUCAACUCUUGUUCUUAACAAACUGAAUGGACUGCUAAAUGUUGCUGUUGUUAAAUGUCCUGGUUUGGGAGAUGAAAAGAAGGCUAUUCUCCAAGAUAUUGCUAUUAUGACAGGUGCAGAUUUCUUUGCUAGUGACCUUGGCUGGUGUCUUCAAGGUGCUACUUCUGAUCAGCUAGGUAUGGCUCAGAAGAUCACUAUAACAAGUGAUACUACUACUAUCAUUGCACAUCCUUCGAUGAGACCAGAAAUUGAGGCCAGAAUUCAGCAACUUAAGAAAGAUCUAGAGGAGACAACAAGUGCCUAUCUAAAAGAAAGGUUUUCAUCUCGUAUCGCUAAACUCUCAAGAGGUAUUGCAGUUAUCAAGGUUGGUGCAGCUACUGAAGCUGAACUCGAGGAUAGGAAACUGAGAGCGGAGGAUGCAAAAAAUGCAACCUUUGCAGCCAUUAGCGAAGGCAUAACUCCUGGAGGUGGUGUGACGUAUGUUCAAUUAUCAAAGUAUAUUCCCAGUAUCAUGGAUCUUGUAGAUGACUCUGAAGAGAAGAUUGGUGUAAAUAUAGUUGGGAAGGCACUUCUCGUCCCUGCUAUGACGAUAGCUCGCAAUGCUGGGGCAGAUGGUCCAGCUGUUGUAGAGAAGCUUCUUGCGAGUGAAUGGCGAGUUGGAUACAAUGCAAUGACUGACAAAUUUGAAGACCUUGUUGAUGCUGGUGUGGUAGACCCAUGCAGGGUUGCAAGAUGUGUGCUUCAAAACUCUGCCUCUAUUGCAGGACUUAUUUUAAUGACGCAAGCUAUGAUGUUCGACAAAAUAAAGAAGAAAAAGUCCACCAUUCCUCAAAUUCCUGGCAUCCCACCAUUGCAGAUAAAUCAAAAUGCUUAGAUUUGAACUAGUAACUUACUGUCAUUGAAGAAAGGUCCAUGAUGCAAGGCCUUUGUUUGAUCGGUUAGAUGAGUUGAACCAAGAAUUGGAAGUGGAGCCUCUGAGCAGAUCAUCAGCUGGAGCCACUGGGUACGAUAACGGAGGAAAAGAUCUACUUCUAUGGUUCAGAUAUCAGUAACUUAAAACUAACUGUAUACUAGUCAGCAAAAUGUCUCCAUAUCCCUCUUCUCUCUUUUCCCUUGGAGGUGCAAGGAGCAUUUUUUUUCCUUCACAAUUUUGUAACGUAGAAGAUAGGAUUACUAAUCCAUUGCAGAUCCCAAAAUGUUGAACGUGCUAGUUUUAUUGUACUUUUAUAUCUUCAUGAAUGUGCAUGAUGAUUUGCUUGAUACUACUUUGAUUAAA